AUGUCAUCAUCAAAUAUACAUAUUGCAAAUGAUAAUGACGCAUUAGCUGAAAUGCUUGGCUAUCGUCUUGAAGAAUUAAUAUUAGUGAAAUUAAAUAAAAAACAAAUAAUAACUAUUGGUCUAUCAGGUGGUUCACUAAUUGAUUUACUUGCAUCUAUGUUACCUCGUUUACAAUUACCUUGGGCUCGUUUAAGAUUUUUUUUUGUUGAUGAAAGAUUUGUUCCAUUUACAUCUAAUGAUUCAACUUAUGGAAAUUAUCAAUCAAAAUUAUUUCGACAAUUACCACUAAUUGAGAAAAAUAUUAUUAAAAUAGAUCCAACAUUAACAACUGUUGAAGAAUGUACCAAAGAUUAUCAAAAUAAAUUACAAGAAGCAUUUGAUAAUGAAGAUAAGUCAUUUGAUAUUGUUCUUCUCGGUAUGGGACCUGAUGGACAUACUGCAAGUCUUUUUCCGAAUCAUCCAGCAGUAAACAUAAAUGAAGGACUUGUAACUUUCGUAAAAGAUUCACCGAAACCACCAGCUGAACGUGUUACAUUAACAUUAAAUACAAUUAAUCAAGCAAAAUAUAAAAUGGUUGUUAUUACUGGUGAAAGUAAAUCAGCUAUUAUUAAAGAAAUCUUACAAGAAAAAAAUAAAACUUAUCCAAUUGCUCAAAUUAAUGAUCUGGUACGUGAUUAUAUCAAGGAAAAAUAUCCAAAUUUAAAACGUAUUUACGUUGAAUCUGGAUACUAUGAUAGACUUGUAUUUUCAACUCCACUUCAUCCUACAGCAAAAUUGCAUUUAAUAGAUAUUGAUAGUAUAGGUCCUAUUAUUCGUGAAAUAUUAGCAAAUCAUGACAAAUUCGUUGGUCAAGAUAUUUGUAUAUGUGGUGAAGAAAUUAAUUUUCAAGAUGUACCAAAAAUUUUUACAAGAGUAACUGAUAUUCCAGCCUUAGGAGAAAGAUUAACAGACGAAAAAUUUCGAGCAACACAAACAUGCUUAUCAACAAGUACACAAAAAGAUGAUCUGAUUAAUAUGUACAAAUGGUUUGAAGAAUAUGACUAUUACGAAAAAGACAAAGAUUAA